AUGUCGGAUAACCUGACCCAAUCUAUCAGCCACGCCAUCAUGGCGUCUGGCCACGGCUCCGGUGACCAAAACUCCAAGGCACAAGACGAUGAGCCUGCUCCCUUUAGCGUUCGCAAGGCCAUUGCAAAGACCCAUCACAUGGGCAAACACACCUCCAAAAUAGUUGUGACGGACAGGUUGCGCCCUGUCACUGAUGAGUACGUGGGGCCCCCACGUAAGAGAGCCUCCCACCGGGCAAAAGCGGUGCGGUCGUGGAAAUGGGCGAAAGCCAGCAAAGAUAUAUCCGAUUCUGAUUCGGACCAGGAGAAGGUAUUGAGUGAGUCCGAAGGUAUGGGCUCACAAGACUCGGAGGACUCUUCUCCGGAACGGGAUUUUUCAGACAAGCCGCCCACUAA